GACAGUAUUGAUUUCGUUAUGAAUGCCUUCAACAAUUAUCAUAAUGACUUGAAUUUCACAUAUGAAUUGGAAAAUGAUAAAAAAAUUCCAUUUUUGGAUUUGUUAUUGAUCCGUCGUGAUAAUAAGAUAAUAACUGAUUUGUACUCGAAGCCAGUUUCUUCUGAGCGAUUGUUACAUUUUAAUUCUUUGCAUUCACUCACACAAAAAAUCGCUAUAAUAAAGAAUGUAAAAUAUAAAAUUCUAAACCUCUCUCAUGAGUCAUUCCAUGAAAAAAAUUUCCGUGAUCAGGCUGCUCUGCUGAUCAAGAAUGGUUAUCCAAGUAAUUUAAUAUAUAAGAUUUUUUAUUCGUCUAUUAGUGCAGGUGAUUCUCGAUCAUCCAGUGAUGUUGAUCAAACGACACAUUAUUGUAAAUUAGUCUAUAUACCGGGAUGCUCUCAGCAAUUGGCAAGAAUAAUGAGCAAUCUCUCAAACAAAGUAGUUUUUUAUUAUAAUAAAACUGUGGGCAAAUUGUUCAGUCGACUAAAGGAUGGCAAUCCUUUGAUGAGACAUUCUAAUUUAGUGUACAAAAUAGAUUGUUCAGAUUGCGCUGGCAGUUACAUAGGCCAAACAAAACAGUAUAUAGGGUCGAGGUUGAAACAACAUGAGAGAGAUUGCAAAAAUCGUAGUGAAGCAACAGCAUUAUCACAGCAUGCAAAAAUUAAUGACCACUCCUUUGAUUUUAAUAAUGUAAAAAUUUUAAAUAAAGAAAAGAAUUGGUUUAAACGAACAUUCAAAGAAAUGGUUUUUAUCAAGAGAAUAAAAGAUUCUGUGAAUACACGCACCGAUAUUGGUAGUUUGAGUUCGGUGUAUUUUAACUUAAUUAAUAAGCCUGAUGAAGGAGCUAAAUGCUCAGAAACGUUGCCAUUGAAUAAAUUGUAUACAACUGUUCCUUGUGACUGAUAUUCCUCACCAUCGAAUUAAAUCUUCGGAACGAUAAUUUUAUCUGAAA